UGUCACGGGGCGAGCGGGCCGCACCGGGCUCCUGCGGGGCCCCGCGGCUUCCCUUCGGCCUGGCCGCGGCUGCCCGGCGGCAUCCGCGCUCUACCACCAUGCUCAGGCGGAUUCUGCAGCGGACUCCAGGUAGAGGUGGGUCUCAGAGCUCGGAUUCGGAUUCAUCUGCCACGCCUGGAAAUGCUGUGGACGUGAACAACGACGGCUCCUCAGAGGGCUUCAUCUGUCCAUUGUGUAUGAAAGUGUGUGUAACUCCCACUGAUCUGUCUGAACAUUACCAGAGUGAGCACACUGGGACAGAAGGAAGACAGGAGCUUCGUGACCUCCCAGCUACUAGUGGCUUUAUUUGUCCUCUCUGUAUGAAGUCUCAUGGAUCAGCAGAGGAGCUGUUCAAGCACUAUGAAGCAGUUCAUAAUUCUGGCAUUGAUUCAAGUCACGGAGGGGAAGGUCAUCUGUCACCAGAAAGAGAUGAAGUAUCACUGCUCCGACAAGAAGUCCAGGACUUGCAAGCUUCACUGAAGGAGGAGAGAUGGUAUUCAGAAGAGCUGAAGAAAGAACUAGAGAAAUUGCAGGGGCAGCGGCAGCAAGAAUCUAAAUCUGAUGGAUUGACAACAGCUACGUCUACAGAAUCAUUAGAACGGCAACUAGAAGAGAUCCAAGUAGAAAAUUUUAACAUUAAGCAAAUGAAAGACUUAUUUGAACAAAAAGCAGCACAACUGGCCACUGAAAUUGUGGAUCUUAAAUCAAAGUAUGAUGAAGAAAUCAGCCUUCGGGAAGGUGCAGAACAGAAGGUGACAAACCUGAGACAAGAACUGCAGAAAGAGAGAAGUACAGUAGAAGACUUAAAGACAGAGCUGCUACAAAGACCUGGUGUGGAAGAUGUGGCUGUCCUGAAAAAGGAGCUGGUCCAAGUUCAAACACUGAUGGAUAAAAUGACCCUGGAACGUGAAAGAGAAUCUGAAAAGCUGAAAGAUGAGUGCAAGCACUUGCAGGCUGAGCAGGCUAACUCUGAGGCUACUAUUAACCAAUUAAGAGCUGAACUUGCCAAAGGACCUCAGGAAGUAGCUGUGUAUGUUCAGGAGCUGCAAAAACUUCAAAGUUCAGUCAAAGAGCUAGAACAGAAGAAUCAGAGUCUAACUGAGAAGCUGCUGAAGAAAGAACAGGACUACACCCAGCUGGAAGAAAAACACAAUGAAGUAUCUGUGAGUAAGAAGAAUGUGCAGGCAAGUUUUCACCAGAAGGACCUGGACUGCCAACAGCUUCAGGCAAAGCUGUCUGCUUCUGAAGCCUCGAUACAGAGACUGCAGACUGAGCUAGGUGAGAAGGCAGAAGCAAGCCAGAAGCUUAAAGAGGAGUUAUCUGAAGUAGAAACAAAGUACCAGCAUCUCAAGGCAGAAUGUAAACAGCUCCAGCAGCAGAGGGAGGAAAAAGAGCAGCAUGGCCUGCAGCUCCAAAGUGAGCUCAGUCAGUUGCACAGUAAACUCCUAGAAACAGAGCGGCAGCUGGGGGAAGCACACGGGCGGCUCAAGGAACAGAGGCAGCUGUCCAGUGAGAAACUGAUGGACAGAGAGCAGCAGGUGGCUGACCUACAGCUAAAGCUUUCUCGUGCUGAAGAGCAGCUAAAGGAAAAAGCAGCAAAUUCCACAGAAUUGCAACAUCAAUUAGAAAAGGCAAAGCAGCAGCACCAGGAGCAGCAGACCCUUCAGCAAAAUACAACAGCAAAACUACGAGAAGCCCAGAAUGAUCUGGAGCAAGUACUACGACAAAUUGGAGAUAAGGACCAAAAAAUUCAAAAUCUUGAGGCUUUGCUUCAAAAAAGUAAGGACAACAUCUCUCUGCUAGAAAAGGAAAGAGAGGACUUAUAUGCAAAAAUUCAAGCUGGUGAAGGAGAAACUGCAGUUCUUAACCAGCUACAAGAGAAAAACCAUGCAUUACAAAUACAGGUAACUCAGCUGACAGAAAAGCUGAAAAAUCAAUCAGAAAGUCAUAAACAAGCCCAAGAGAAUUUGCAUGAACAAGUGCAAGAACAAAAGGCACACCUAAGAGCUGCUCAAGAUCGUGUGCUUUCCCUAGAAACAAACAUCACUGAACUAACCAGUCAGUUAAAUGAAAGUAAAGAGAAAGUGUCACAACUUGAUGUGCAGGUAAAAGCAAAGACUGAAUUGCUACUUUCAGCAGAAGCAUCAAAAGCUGCUCAGAGAGCAGAUCUACAGAACCAUCUGGACACUGCCCAGAAUGCUCUGCAAGAUAAACAACAGGAGUUAAAUAAGGUCAGUGCUCAGUUGGAUCAGGUUACAGCUAAGCUGAAUGACAAGCAGGAGUACUGUACUCAGCUGGAAGCCAAUCUUAAAGAGUACAAAGAAAAAUGCCUUUCUUUAGAACAGAAAACUGAAGAACUAGAGGCACAGCUUAAGAAACUUGAAGGUGACAUUCUUGAUGCUAGAGCAAGUAAAGACCAAGCUCUUCAGGAGUUACAACAACAGCAACAUCAGAACAAAGAAUUAGAUCUCCGGACAGCAGAACUGAGUAAACAACUUGAAGCAGCAAGAGAAGCGAUGUCUAAUGCUCAGCUGGAUUUGCAGAAGAAAUCUGAGGCCCUUGACCAAGCAAAUCAACAAAUUAAAAAGCAGGAGGCAGAAAAGGCCAGUCUCAAACAAAACCUUGAGAAAUCAAAUCAAGAUACAAGUAAACAGCUCAAGGAACUUGAUUGUAAAAUGCAAGCAGCCACAUCAGAGCUGCAACAAGUGAAGUUAGAGAAGGACACUCUAUUAAAGGACCUUACAGAUACCAAAGAUAAGCUCUCAAAAAGCUCUGAAUCCUUCAAAAAAAGAAAGGAGGAAUUAGAAAACGAAAUUAAAAAAGGAAAAGCAGCUAUGGCAGAAAUGGAAAAAUCUUGCCAAGAGUUAAAACACCAACUUCAGAUACAAACAGAGUCUGUAGCUAAAGAGAGGAAUGAAUUGAAAAACUCCCUGGAGAAAAAAGAGGUGAUUUCUAAGCAGUUGUCUGUAGACCUUGAUUCAGCAAGAGCACAAGUGCUGGAAAUCCAGGGUCUUCUGAAGGAUAAAGAAAAAAGUGAGCAACAUCUCCAGGGAAAGCUGAGAGAGUUAAAAGAAUCUUUUGAGCAGAAGAAAAAACAUAGUGAAACAUUGCAAGCUGAAUUAAAAAGUGCCCUUUUAGAAAAGGCAGAGCUGGAGAAUAAACUACAACAACAGUCCAUUUUGUCAGCACAGGAGCUUAAAGCAGAAAAAGGCAAGCUGGCAGAUUUACAGAAGGCCCAUGAUAAACAUAAAGAAAACAUGGAGAAGCUGCAGCUGGAUCUUUAUGGCAAAGAGUCUGAGCUGCUGGCAACCAGGCAAGACCUUAAGUCCACAGAAGAAAAACUUGCUCUAGCUCAAGAAGAAUUAGUUUCCAGCAGGAAUCGAAUUGCUAGCAGUAAUCAACAAAUUCAGGAGCUGAAGAAAGCUCAGUCUGCACUGGAGCAGGAUGCAUCAAAGAAAGAACAGCAGCUGGGUGAGAAGACCAAAAUGCUGCAAGAUCUUCAGAAUGACAGGAUUUUGAAAGAAAAAGAUUUGGCUAAUGAAAAAUGUAAAACGGCAGAGCUCCAGGAAAUAAGGAACAGACUCGAAAAAGAAAGUGCCAAGCUGGGUGAAGAGCUUAAAGCCUGCAAGCAAGAAUUUGAGAAGGAGGUGACGAAUCUCAAGGAUGGAAACCAACUAUUGAUUCAACAGAAAUUAGAACUGCAGGGCAAAAUAGAUAAUGUAAAUUCAACUCUGGAACAGGAGAAACAAAAACAUCAAGCUGUCAAAGAUCAGCUGAAAAAGAGAGAAGAGGAGCUGAAGAAAGAAUGUGCUGAAAUUGAAGCCAAACUGCACACAGAGAAAAAAGACAAAGAAGAAGAAAAACGGAAACAUGAGGAAAAAGAGACCAAGCUCACCAUGCAGGUGACAGCCCUGAAUGAAAACCUGGCUACCAUGAAGAAAGAGUGGCAAAGCAGUCAAAGACGAGUGAGUGAGCUGGAGAAGCAGACAGAUGAUUUACGUGGGGACAAUGCUGUCCUGGAAGCAACAGUCCAGAAUAAUCAGGAUGAGAGAAGAGCAUUGCUGGAGAGGUGUAUAAAAAGUGAGGGAGAAAUUGAAAAGCUUCAGGCCAAACUUGUAGAAAUGAAGAAAAAGUUGGACAAUACAACGGCUGCAAUGCAGGAACUUGGCCGAGAAAACCAGUCAUUGCAGAUCAAACACACACAAGCUCUCAACAGGAAGUGGGCAGAAGACAAUGAGGUACAGAAUUGUAUGGCCUGUGGAAAAGGCUUUUCGGUGACAGUAAGAAGGCAUCACUGUAGACAGUGUGGAAAUAUCUUUUGUGCUGAGUGCUCAGCAAAGAAUGCCUUAACUCCUUCUUCCAAGAAGCCUGUCCGAGUCUGCGACACUUGCUUUAAUGACUUGCAAGGAUAACUGGCUAUCGUGAGUGACAAAGAAAUGUUACACUAAAAUUUACUAUUUCUGUUGAUGCACUUCAUUCAGCACUCAGACUACUAUUCAGUUUGGACAAUGAUUGUAACACUUGGCAAAAUCUAGUAUAUUUUAAAAUGUUUAUUGAUACCAAGCAAAACUAUUGUAUUUUUUCGUGAGACAUGGGCUCAGAUCAUUCAUAGCUUACUGACAUUCAUCAUGGAAAGAGCUUUUAUGUCUAGAUUAGAAAUAUCCAGUUAUUUGUAAAUAAAGUUUAAACAGAGGAGUAACAAUGUAUUUUUUUAUCUUUUAUUUUUUUGUUCAAGAGAAACGGCAUUUAUGUGAUAUUGGAAUUUAUUCUUGUUUCCUUCAAAGAAAAAGGAAGAUGCAAAAACUUGUGAGGAUUUUAUGUAUCAAAUGUUGCUGUAAAAACAUAACUAAUUGUUGCAUUUGAUUGUGUAUCUGAUGGUCUUUACAAUCCCCUGUGAUAUGUUUUUUUUUUCUCUCUCUGGUUCUUGUUUUUCUUUCUGAAGUUUGAACUCCACAAUGAGGGUAAUUGCUGGACUCAACUUCAACUCAGUUUAUUUGCCCACUUGUAUUAUUAGCACCCAAGUCCUUAUCUAAUACAGCACUUGGGUGCUGGAACACCUUUACAUGUGCUCUAUUGCAUAGUUGGUGCGUGAGUGCAUCUGUCUUUCUGAGAGAGUUAUGUGUGAACAAGUGAUGAGACAAAGUUUAUCUGGCAUUGUAGCAAUAUUAUAUUAUGUAUUACAAUAUUUCAUCCCAUAGUGAUUGAUUUCACUUUUACAAAUUUGGUUGACACAUUUUAAUAUUCAAGAAACUCUUACAUCAUGUUUUUUUGCAUUAAAAAGCAAACAAACAAUGCUGGUAGAAGCCUGUAGCACAUCUCUGCCCCUGCCCAUACCCUGGAAGCAUUGAGAGAUCACUGCUGUUCUAAGGGACAUCCAGACCUUCCAAGCCAGGCAUCCAACUGAGAAAAAGUAUUUUUUGAGACAGCUGUAGUUUUUCUGGCCUUUUCUUCUGUCCCUUCCUCAGCUUUUGGUGGAAGAAGUUGAACUCUUGUAACACCUAACAAACAUCACUUUUCCAUUACUCCAUCUGACCCCCAUUACCAGGGGCUCUGAAGUGUUAUGUUAGUUGGGUGAUUUAGUCUGCUUAGAAUGGAAAACUGGCUUUGUUAUGAGCCAAAUAGUUCUAACAAAGAGGCCAAUAUGUAUGACAAUAAAUAUUUAUUCAUGCUUUCUGUACUGGGAACAGAAGUUUCUUGUACACUUCGUGCAGGCUCCAUACUUCUUUUUUGUUGUGAUUUUGUUUGCACCUCUUCAUUUUUGCUUGCCUGUCUCUAAUUUUUCCUCCCUUUGUGUCUGGUAUUUCAAAACCCUUAAGAUUAUAUUUUCUAAGCAGGGGUUAUGCCUUCCAAUAUUUAGGAAUUUUUUUUUUGUCUUAAAUACCCUAAUAAAUUCUCUACCCCUCAAAUGCUUCAGUAUCUUACCAAUUUUUGCCAGCUGUUCAAAG